GUAGGCGUGGAAAGCAACAUAAAAGUUGGCAUCCAGUUCUCCCAUAUGCCGUUAAAGAUGACAAAAUGAUACAGGGUUGUGCAAGACGGUCACUCACCCUCCCCUCCUUCUCCCUUCCUUGCUGGGAGGCGGAGGGAUGUUGCGAUGUUUCCUCCCACAUCGAGGCUGAACCAACCGCAAAGCUAUGCCAGUAAUGUCCGCCUCGCCUCCAGGCAGAAUCCCUUGGACCAGACACAGACACAUGCUGAAACACUGACUGGCUGCAGGCCUCAAGUGUGCCGUGACGCGAUGAGGAACGUUCUGGAGUUGACCUGGCUGCUGUUGAUGGUCAUCACACCAUGCGCAAGAGGUCACAGUCCGCCAGGGAAGCCCACACUGACCAGCUGUCGCUCUCCCGAAAAAGAAACCUUCUCCUGCUGGUGGCAGCCUGGCUCAGACGGAGGACUGCCCACCACAUACGCGCUGUACUACAGCAAAGAAAGCUCUGACAUUGUGUACGAGUGCCCUGACUACUUCACGGCCGGGCAGAACUCUUGCUUCUUCAACAAGAACGACACGUCCAUCUGGGUCAACUACAACAUCACCGUGGUGGCCACCAACCGACUGGGCAGCACUUUCGCCGACCCCGUGGAUGUCGACGUGGUCUACAUCGUCCAGCCCAACCCUCCUGAGAACGUGUCAUUGAGCGUCAUGGAGGACAAAGGCUGGCCCUUCCUGCGAGUGGCAUGGGAACCGCCCUGCAAGGCUGACACUCGCUCCGGCUGGAUCACGCUCGUCUACGAGAUUCGCAUCCGGUCGGAGAGGGAAAAGGAGUGGGAGACUCACAUGGCCGGCCAGCAGAAGCUGUUCAACAUUUUUAGCCUGCGCUCCGGUGGCUCGUACCUCAUUCAGGUGCGCUGCAAGCCCGACCACGGAUUUUGGAGUGAAUGGAGCGGUGCCUCCCACAUCCAUUUUCCUGACUAUUUCCAUCGGGAAAAGUCAGCGUGGAUCGUCAUUACAGCCAUUUGUGCCUUCAUCUUCCUCAUCGGCACGUGGUUGCUGCACAUGAAUAGUCACAGCUUGAAACACUGCCUCCUACCACCAGUCCCUGGUCCUAAAAUAGAAGGAUUUGAUCAGCAGCUUCUAAAGAAAGGCAAGUCCGAGAACAUCUUCAGCGCGCUGGUGGCGUCCGACUUCCCCGCGAUGUCGUCGUUGUCCGACAGCGAGGACCUGCUGGUGGAGUACCUGGAGGUGUACAUCCCAGAGGAGCGAGAGGCCACGUCGGAGAAGAGCAAGGACCUCGGGGGCAGCGGCGGCUUCAAGUUGGAGAGCUCGGCGUCCGACAGCGACUCAGGCCGGGGUAGCUGCGACAGUCACACCCUGCUGAUAGAGAAGUGCGGCCGGCCCAAAGAGCAUGAGGACGGCACGGGGGAGCGGGCCGAACGGAAAGACACGGGAGGUAGGACGUGGCCUUCUGCGUUUACCAGUCCACCGGACCGACCUCGGCGCUGCCUCUCCGACAGCCUCUCUAGGCUUCUGGGGCCUUCGGAGGGGCAGGUGUGCAAACAAAUCAAGGCCCGCAGCGACGUCAAUAUCGUCGCGUCCGGUAACACACAGUCGCCCGCCCGCUGGUCCAUCGAGUACGUGGGUGUGCAGACAGUCGUGGAGGACAACGUGGUCAUCCUCCAGCCCUGGAGCGGCAGGGAGGGCUGCUGCCCGCCGGCCCCCUUCCAGGAGCAGGACUACAGCCGGGUGAAGCGGGUAGGAAACGACGACACGCUGCUGCUGCUCCAGAGUGUGUCGGAAGGGUCGGCGGACGGGUGCGAGGGCGGGGCGAGCUUUGGCGAUACGAGCCAGAAGAGCGCCGGCUGUAUGCGCUCUACCACAGCAACGAGCGGUUAUGUCGACACGGCCGCCCUUUUCCCACUGACAACCCACUGAGCGUCCUUCCCAAGGACGGGCAUUCAACUGAGUCAAUUGGUGAAUUGUUAUUUUUCUCAUCUUCAACAGGAUGGGACGAUCUCUGAAUAUUCUGAACUCCUUUUGCCGUCUACGAGAGAAUCAGACUUUUUCACACACAAGAAAUAACAUUUAUUCGAGUAAUAUGACUUUUUCUCAAAAAGUGAGACUUUAUUGGAGUGAAAUUAUGACUUUGUGCAAAGAUAAGACUAUUCAUCCAACACCGAUUUUUUUUGCUUUCACAAAAAAUAAGCCUGUAACGUUGGGACUUUUUCCAGUAAAUUUACAUAACAUUGAUUUUUUUUUCAGAAAAAGUAAGACAUUACGGAGCUCCUAAAGGGACAUGGAAAAAAACAUUUAAAAAAAAGCUUGUCAUUAGAAUGAGAAACAAUUUUUUUUUUUUCAUGUCCCUUUAGGGACACAGUAAUGUACGAAUACAAAUUUUCACUGAAAAAAUAAGACUUCAUUAUGACUUUUGCCACAAAAGUAGUAAGACUUUAUUCAUGUGACAAUACAAUUUUUUUCACCCCCAAAAAAAGAAAUAAUUUAUUUAUGUCAAAUAGCUUUUUCACAAAAAAACAAUUAUAUAGUGUAGCGAUAUAAUUUUCUUUUCACUGAAAAAAAUAAUACUUUGUUCAUGUUACAUGACGUUUCCCAGUAGGUUUAUUUGGGUUGAGUUUCAUCAUACUAUCUCACGAUUAUGCAUCAGUUUUAUUGUAUUUUAUUUAUUUCCGCACUGCGAUUUUUUUCACCUGUUUCAUCAUGUAGUUAAUGCUGGCUGCGCUAGGCUACAAUUUAGUGCAGCAGCCCAUUAUGUCUAUUGACGUAAGAAAUUGCAAUAGCUAAUGCGCUUUCUCUAAAAUGCAAGAAGAAAUUAUGGCUGGUGUAAAAAGAAUGCUGAUAUGCUGUUUUUUUAAAACAGUUUUUGAUGUCAGGCUUCCACACUACUCUGAUUAAAUUCCUAAAUUUGUAAAACUGACUCUGUCAGAUAUGGCGUGUUACUGUAAACUGCAUUAAGACUCAAUUUUUUUUUUUUUUAAAAAGGCUCAAUUCCUUCAAGACAUAAUUAAUCCAAAUCACACAACCGACCAAAUUCUUAAUGAUCCAUUAAUCCUUAUUUUUUAAAAAUACAAACUUAUUGUCAUGUUGCAUUUUUGUGAAAUUAUGACAUUUUCAUUAAAAAAGAAAACAUUAUACUUGUAAUGACUUAUCUUUUAAUGUUCCUAUGUCUUUUAACACAGUACAACUUUGUAAAUAAUUUUACCAUUUUAUUCUUCAGACCACAAACAAGUUGAGUGACUCAACAGCACCUCUAUUGUUCGGAGCUAAGUAAUGCAGUCCGUUUUGCCUCAGUUGCCUCGACAUGAUAAAUGAAUUAAUGAACAUUCUCAAAUUCUUAAUGAUCAAAGAAUCGUCUUUUUUUUAUCAGAUUUUAUCCUCGUAACUUUGUUUAUUUUCUUGAAAAAAUGCCACUCUAUUUUCAUAACCUUUUGAAUAUGACGAUCACAAUUCCUUUUUUCCCUGUAAAUUUACAGUUCUCUUCGACAGACUUUAAACCUGUUCAAAGUGAACAACAGCGCCCCUGCAGGUUGCAAACAACUACUGCACUAAAUUUUGCCUAAUUUGCUCCAAGGCAAAUCAAAUCCCAGAGAGUGCGUAAAAAAAAGUGAGUUAAAGAGCAUUUUCACUUGUGGAGGCAGCACUUCAUACACUACACUGUAUACAGUCUCCACGUGUCACAUACCUACAGUAUGUAUGUGGUAUGUGGCAUGUGGAGACCCCCCAAUUGCCACAACGGGGACAAUUUCACCGAGCAAUCAAGUACAGUAUGUGCCGCUUAUCAGUCGCGUAACAGUGGCUUGCUCGUGGGCAUGUUUUGAUAAAUAGGCAGAUGACCAAAAAAAAAAUUACUUUUUUUAUUUUACCCCACAAUAUUGCAGUUCACUGUUCGCACCGCUGCUGUAUUGCAAAUUCUGUUGGCCACAGCUCAUGCCCAGACACUCACGCAGAUGAGGCCUCGCCUUUUAAAGACGCAUGCAUGUA